AUGGGCCUUCACGAAUGCGAAGGGUGCGGCGAGAUAAUGAAGGGCUACUCCGCGGAAAUGGAAUGUGGAUGCGAAAGGUGCUAUUGCGACGAUUGUGCUCAAAAGGCUGCAGACGAGUCACCAUGCGAGUUCUGUGAAGGCAAGUAUCACUUUCACAAAACAUCCUGUCGUGACUGCGAAAUGGUUGUGCUCACAGAUCACUACAAGGCAUGCGAUGGCUUCCAAUGUCCCUUCAUGCAGCGUUUCGACGACAAUUGCUGCGAGCCAUGUUUGGACAAGUUUCUCAAUGCAAAUGCUUCCACGCUCAACACGGGGGAUGGAGCGCACGCUUCCAGAAAGCUGCAAUGCGGGCACACUCUCUGCGUCUUCCAUGCUAAGUACAAACGUUGUGGUAGCAUCUCUUGUCCUGAAUGUGAGUCUGUUGCAGCUCAAGAGAAGGCUGAAAAGCGCAGAAAGUUGAAAAAGGCACAAGAGCGCGCACACAUUGCUGCCAACCUUGCUGCCUUGCGCCAAAUCGGCAUCAAGAGCAAAGCUCUUAGCAAGUUUGUUCAGAAGAUUGAGCAGCGCAAACGGCAGAAGUAG